AUGUCAUCAACUGAUUUUCCUCCAUUGAAAAAUGAUCUCAUUCUUCGUGCAUGUCGUGGUGAAUCAAUUGAACGUGUACCCAUUUGGAUAAUGCGUCAAGCUGGUCGUUAUUUACCUGAAUAUAAAACGAUUAGUUCUCAACAUUCAUUUUUCGAAGUAUGUCGUACACCAUCACUUGCUUGUGAAGUUACAUUACAACCAGUACGUCGAUUUGAUCUUGAUGCUGCAAUUAUUUUUAGUGAUAUUCUUGUUAUACCACAAGCACUUGGUAUGCAAGUAGAUAUGGUAGCCAAUGAAGGACCUUGUUUUCCUCAACCACUUAAAGUACCUGAUGAUAUUACUAAACAAAUUGAUCGAACACGAAAAGCGAGCGUAGAAUUAAAAUAUGUAUAUGAAGCUAUUACUUUAACAAGACGUACACUUGAUGGACAAUGCCCAUUAAUUGGAUUUAGUGGUGCUCCAUGGACACUUAUGUCCUACAUGAUCGAAGGUAAAGCAAGUGCAACAAUGUCAAAAGCAAAACGUUGGUUAUAUAGUUAUGAAAAAGAAUCACAUGAUCUUCUUAAUUUACUUGCUAAUUUUGUUAUUGAUCAUCUUGUUGAACAGAUUGCAGCUGGUGCACAACUUGUUCAAUUAUUUGAAUCACAUUGUUCUUGUUUAACACCUGAUUUAUUUAAUCGUUUUUCAUUUACAUAUCUUUGUCAAAUUGCUAAAGGUGUUCGUGAAGAACUUUCAAAACGACAACUUCCAUCUGUACCAUUUAUUGUUUUUGCUAAAGAUGCUCAUUAUGGUCUUCAAGAUUUAGCAGCAACUGGUUUAUUUGAUGUUAUUAGUCUUGAUUGGACAAUUACAUCUACAUGUAUACAAUCAUUACGAAAUGAAAAUUCAAAAAUAGUACUUCAAGGAAAUCUUGAUCCAUGUGCAUUGUAUUCAUCAAAAGAAAAUUUAGAAAAAUUUGUUCGAGAAAUGCUUCAAGUAUUUGGUACAAAAAAAUAUAUAGCUAACUUAGGUCAUGGAAUUUAUCCAGAUAUGUCAACUGACAAUGUUAAAUGGUUUAUUGAUGCUGUUCAUGAGAUUUCAAAAGAAAUGAAUGAUAGUAAUGAAGAAAAAGCGUGA